UUUACUUGCUCACAAUGUCCUAAAAGUAAACUCACUCUAUGUAAUAGGAAACGACACAUGGAGAAUCCAAACAUCCAUAAUAUACCAUAUGCUCGUAGUAGAGACCAAAAGAGAUGGCAGGGACACUCAAAAAAGGUUUCUAGCAAAGCAGAAACUACGGAAAGAAUGCGAAAAUGGAGAGCAGAGAACCGAGAUAAAAACAAGAGAAACGAUUUACGAUGUAGAGUGUAUCGAUUAGGACGACAAAAGUUUGGUGAAGGAGACUCACAAGAAAAGCAGCAAUUUAUUCAUGAAGAGAUCAAUCGACGUUUAGGUAGACGUUUAUUAUUGGAAAAGCGACAGGAAGAAUGCUUAAAUGAAUUACCCUUCUAUUCUGCUCCUCUCCACAAGAUUGAAUUACCUUCGAUCAAU